CUCGCCUCCCGGCCGCAGCCGCUGCCGCUGCCGCUUUUCUGGGCCGCACCCUCGCUGCCCGCGCCGCUCCCAGCGCAGGUCCCGCAGCCCAGGCUCUUGAAGCAAUAGGCUGUUGGAUUUGGAUCCCGCCCAGAUUACUUGAGUUUCUGUCAGCAAGGAUAUAUAAUAGCGGUUUUGCUUGCUUACAUAAAAAAAGGCAAUGGAGACUGAACAACAAGAGGAAACCUUUACCAACACGGAGACAAAUGACCUCUCUACAGGCAAACGUCCUGCAGAAGAUAUGGAGGAAGAGCAGGCCUUCAAAAGAUCUCGGAACACUGAUGAGAUGGUUGAACUGCGCAUCUUGCUUCAGAGCAAAAAUGCUGGAGCAGUGAUUGGAAAAGGUGGCAAAAAUAUUAAAGCACUUCGUACAGACUACAAUGCCAGUGUUUCAGUCCCAGACAGCAGUGGCCCCGAGCGCAUCCUGAGUAUAAGUGCAGAUAUAGAGACAAUUGGAGAAAUCUUGAAGAAGAUUAUCCCUACUUUAGAAGAGUAUCAACACUACAAAGGCAGUGACUUCGACUGCGAACUUCGACUUCUUAUUCACCAGAGUUUGGCAGGAGGCAUCAUUGGUGUCAAGGGUGCUAAAAUUAAAGAACUCAGAGAGAACACUCAGACCACCAUUAAGCUCUUUCAAGAGUGUUGUCCUCAUUCGACUGACAGAGUGGUGCUUAUUGGUGGAAAACCUGAUAGAGUUGUUGAGUGCAUCAAGAUUAUCUUGGAUCUUAUCUCUGAGUCUCCAAUUAAAGGACGGGCCCAGCCUUAUGAUCCCAAUUUCUAUGAUGAAACGUAUGACUAUGGUGGCUUCACAAUGAUGUUUGAUGAUAGAAGGGGACGGCCAGUGGGCUUUCCAAUGCGUGGAAGAGGAGGUUUUGAUCGAAUGCCCCCUGGUCGUGGUGGACGACCUAUGCCUCCCUCAAGAAGAGAUUAUGAUGAUAUGAGCCCUCGCAGAGGACCACCACCACCUCCACCAGGUCGUGGUGUUAGAGGUGGCAGCAGAGCUCGUAAUCUUCCUCUUCCUCCUCCACCACCUCCUCGUGGCGGAGAUCUGAUGUCCUAUGACCGAAGGGGCAGACCAGGAGACCGUUACGAUGGCAUGAUGAUGCAGUGUCAUGUGGAUGCCUGUGAUGACAUGCAGCCACCAGAGUUGUUUGAGGGUGGCUCUGGUUAUGAUUAUUCUUAUGCAGGGGGGCGUGGUUCAUAUGGAGAUCUUGGUGGACCCAUCAUCACAACACAAGUAACGAUUCCCAAAGAUUUGGCAGGAUCCAUUAUUGGAAAGGGAGGCCAGAGAAUCAAACAAAUACGUCAUGAGUCAGGAGCUUCGAUCAAAAUUGAUGAACCACUAGAAGGCUCAGAAGAUCGGAUAAUAACUAUUACAGGAACACAGGACCAGAUACAAAAUGCACAGUAUUUGCUGCAGAACAGUGUGAAGCAGUAUGCAGAUGUUGAAGGAUUCUAAUGCAAGAUUAUUUUUUCUUUUUUAUAGUGUGAAGCAGUAUUCUGGAAAGUUUUUCUAAGACUAGUGAAGAACUGAAGGAGUCCUGCACCCUUUUUUUUUUUUUUAAUCUGCUUCUGUUUAAAAAGCCAACAUUCCUCUGCUUCAUAGGUGUUCUGCAUUUGAGGUGUAGUGGAAUCUUUGCUGUACACCAGAUGUAAUGUUUUAGUUCCUUACAAAUACAUGGGGUGGGGGAGGGCGCACGAGACUAACAUUGAAAUUUUGAAGCGGCAGAGAGAGUGAAUUCUAUUUUUGUUCAUUGUUGGUGGUAAAUUGUACUGUUUUUCUGUAAUUGUUGUGAACACCCUGCUUUAUGUACACUGUAUCUUACUUUGAAGAUGGAGAAUAUGGUAGGCCACGUGUCCCUGGCAUUUAUUGAGAGCAGUGUGCAGAAUGUAAUGCAUUUUUGUAAGAAACAUUUUAGGAUUUUUAAAUAAAUUUAGUGAACCUA